CGCGGAAGCCGGGUCAUGGCAGCGCCGGAAGAGCCGUGCGGCGGCCGGGCCGGCUGGGAGCCAGGCCGGGAGGCGGCUGGUUUGAGCGGCGCCCGGGGGCGGCGGCGGCAGCGGGCGCGCGGUGCCGCCGCCAUGUUCCGCUGUGGAGAGGAGAUCAUAAGUGGGGAGAGUGAAGAAGAAAGCAGUGGUGUCAACUUGAUGGAUUUUUCUGAUGAGAUCCUCUUGCACAUCCUAAGCUACGUCCCUUGCACAGACCUUGUCCUGAAUGUCAGGGGAACCUGCAGGAAACUUGCAACGCUCUGCCUUGACAAGAGUCUAACCCAUACAGUCUUGCUUCAGAAAGACUACAAGGUGGGGACAGUAGCUUGCCUCUUCUGUUAGCUCUGAAGACGUCUGAAAAAGUUCCAAGGAGCAGAACUUUUCUGUGUGUCUCCAUAAAUGUGCUGCUCUUGAACUCUGAAAGCAAAUAAACAAUAAAACUGUUUUUUAU